CCUUUUUCUAUUUCGGUCUUUCAGCCUUUCACUCUCAGCUCUCUUUCUCUCUCUCUUUCUCUCUCUGUGCUUUUUCUUCUUCAACCAAAUACUAGCUUGCUCUUUGUUUUUGUCUCUCAUCAGCUUAGAUAGGGGCCUUUGUCUCUUUUAUUCAAAGGGCAAAGCAAGCAAUUGUACCCUACAAAACUAGGACUAUCAUCAAUUGCCCUACAGUUGGGGUUUGCGUUUUUGCAGCAUACAAUUGAAGGGACACGUGGCAGCAUGAAGGAGAAUGGCAGCAGGAAACAGGGCGCCCCCUCACCCUGUGCAGCAUGCAAGCUUCUUAGGAGGAGGUGUGCGCAGGAUUGUGUGUUUGCUCCCUAUUUCCCUGCUGAUGAACCCCAGAAGUUUGCCAAUGUUCACAAAGUGUUUGGUGCGAGCAAUGUCAACAAGAUGUUACAGGAGCUGCCAGAGCACCAGCGUGGAGAUGCAGUCAGCAGCAUGGUGUAUGAAGCAAAUGCCAGGGUGCGAGACCCAGUUUAUGGGUGUGUAGGGGCAAUUUCGUCUUUACAGCAACAAAUUGAUGUGCUCCAGACCCAACUGGCUCUGGCUCAGGCGGAGGUGGUGCACCUUAGGGUUAGGCAGACUGCAUCUUUCUCCAACCAUGGGCUGAGCCCGGCUAGCCCAACUAACAGCGGCUCGCCGUCUUCGAAGUUCAUGGGCUCUCAAACCCGGCCCAUUUUCGACAUGGAUAUGAUGGUGGACCAUACCAGCUUGGGACUGGGAGAGUCCAUGUGGUCAUGCUAAGCUUAAUUAUUUUCUAAUGUCUACUACAUCUAGAGUAAUUAAUUUUGGUAAUCAUGUUUAAUUUUGCUUUGAUACUUAUGUAAUCCUUACUAAUACACUGAGGUAAAUGCAAGUGACGGUAAUGACAGCAAAGCGGUGGCGGGCAACGGAAAUGGUGACCGGCGCGAUUCGCCCGCUUGGGUAUGAGAGGGGUUUUUUUUUUUUUUUUUUUUUUUUUUUUUUUUUCUAAUUAAUAACUAGAUUGUAAAUAUUAAUUUAACUUUCAUCUAUUGGGUAAUCAUAUAUUUGCUUGUGGGACUUUUUCUUUUUGAAUUGGAUCAAAGUGAGUUGAUGACUUUGGCUAUCCACCAAACCUAUUUAUAGUUUGGGGAAUAGAGUUGGGCACAAAAAUUUGAAAGAAGAUUGUAUUAGUUUGAAGAUUGUGGAUCAUACUAAAUGUAAGGAUGGCUAUAUCUAUUGGCAUGAAGAUGUUUGGUGAGCUAUUUUUGUCUAAA